UAAUCCCGCUCCCCUGAUGUAAUUUCAGGCCUGGACAGGGCCUCUCCAUGAGGCACAAGGCAACAGAGAUCAGUGGUAUGGAGAACAGCAUUUCCUAAGAGUUGAUUGUGAAAUGAGGGCCACUUCACACAUUGCACAGAGGGAAAGCCCAAUUUGACACUCACAGGGCACACUUAAAUAGGGAGCUAUGGCCAAUCGCAGCUACCCCAAUCCGCACUUUUGGUGUACUGUACGGUUGAAUUUUAUUAGGUAUACACUUUUAAAAAGUGAUAAAAGGCAGUGAAACCCACAUUAGAGGGAGGCAGUUACCGUGGCUGGUGAUGAGAGUUGUCAUCCCAACAAAAUCUACAGAGGACAGGUUGGGAUUCGCUGCUUUGGGCAUUCCAAAAUUUUUAGGUAUAACACUGCUUCCAGAACUGUCCUAUUGUCUGCUCACCCCCCUGACUUUCUUACCAUAGUUUGGUGGGUUAUCCACGGAAAUGGCUCAGAAUUACGUCUUGAAUCACUUGGCACAUAAUGAGGAUUCUCAAAGAGAGAGAGAGAAAGGAAAAUAAAAGGAAAGGAAAGGGGGUGUUCCGGAGGCUCUGAUCUCUUCCACUUUACCUCCUGUCUCCUUUGAGUACUGACCACUGGAGCAAGUGUUUGUCUUCCCUGUUUAGUAGGCCUCCUGGGUGGAACAGAACGGAGGCUGACUGGGCCUGGCCUCACAGUAGCCUCCAACCCAGCACUUAUGUAUAGUUUGGCCCAUGGGGUGGGCACGUUUCUGUAUGCAAAGAGCUUAAUGUAGUAUUGGUUUCUGUGUUUCUGGCCUGAUGUGCUUCCUCCUUCAGUGGGAGGAAAGAAAAGGAGGUGGUGAUGGUGGAAGUCUUGGCCAUUAUUGCUGGAAUUACCUCACUUGUGAUUACCAGGAGGUGAGGCCGAGGGUAGGGAAGUAUGAGAAGGCAGAGAGUUGCUGCCACUCCCUACUGAAGAAGGUGCAGCUCUCUUGGUCUGUGGGUUUUCUGUGUCACCACACACCUGCUUUGUUUGAGCGUCACCAGCCAGACUGGUUGGGCAGGUCUGAUGGUAGAAAGAGAGGCAGCUGUCCCGCCCUAGCACUCAGAAACCGGGAGGCUCUUGUUGUGGAUGUGUCUUGUCUUCAGGCUGCUCUGUUGCCCCGUCUCUCCCUAAAGACCUCUUUUGCUCAUCCUCCAUGGAGUCUGCUUUUGGGGCUGCCCUGGUGUUGAUGCUUGUGGCCGCAUCAGCUGCCCAGAACGACUGCUUUUGCCCAACGUUUAACCGGGCGUCUUGUAGUUUGGAGUCCGGCAGCUGCAUCUGUACAGCAGGAAGUUUGAACCAGAGGCUGGACUGUUCGACGCUGAUUCCAAAAUGUCUGCUGUUGAAGUCGGAAAUAAAAGCCAGAAAAGGGAGGAAAUUUUCCAGGCCCGAACAUGGGUUUAUGGACAAUGAUGGACUUUAUAACCCAGAAUGUGAUGCCAUGGGCUUCUUCAAAGCCAGGCAGUGCAAUCAGACAGAAAGCGGCACUUGUUGGUGUGUGAACAGCGCUGGGGUAAGGAGGACGGACAAGGGGGAUCUCGACAUGAGGUGCAAUGAGCUGGUCAGAACAAGCUGGAUCUACAUUGAGAUGAAGCACAAAGAGCGAAAAACGCCCUUGUCUGAAUCAGAAGUGGCAAACAGCUUCCGACAGUUCAUUGAAAACCGCUAUUUGCUCCAUCCGAAGUUCAUCACAGCAGUUGAGUACAAGGACCCAUUAAUCCAUAUCGACUUAAAGCAGAACAUUUCAGACAAGUCUUACAGAGAUGUUGACAUUGCAGAUGUAGCUUACUACUUUGAAAGAGACAUCCAGGGUAAAACCUUUUUCCCAUCCAAUAAUAUGUUUGAUCUCUAUGUCAACGACGAACCUCUAGCUAUUGAAGAUAUCCUAGUAUACUACGUUGAUGACAAACCACCAGAGUUCUCUAUGCAGCGCCUGACAGCGGGCAUCAUUGCAGUGGUGGUGGUGUUAGUCCUGGCCAUUGUUAUUGGGAUAACUGUGCUCGUGGUUACCAGGAGGCGGAAGACGGGCAAAUAUGAGAAGGUUGAAAUUAAAGAGAUGGGAGAUAUGCGAAGAGGACAACAUUCAUAAGUGCCUUAAUUUGACUGUAGAACUAAGAUUUUGACAUGGGCGGAAUGGAAAGAAGACGGCAAGAUUACUACUACCGUAUGUCUUUUGAAGGUGGGGAGGGCACUUGGUUUUCUUUUUUAAAAUUAAUGUUUAAUCAAAGAUAAAAGCAACAGCUUUGUAAAACGUCCACAAUUCCAGAUUGGAAAAGCGAUUGGGAUAUAGUUAGCAUUUUCCUUUAAUUAUAGUGUACUAUGUGAUAAAAAUAAUAAUAAUUUGAGAUGAAUAUCAAUGUGUUAGGGACAAAAUCCCUGUACUGUACCCGCUCCUGAACUUCUCCAGAUUUGAGUUUUUUAAGAAAACAAUGUUCUGUAGCUACAUGGUUAGUUUUAUUUAUUUUAACUGCAUUUCUACAUCUUUUUGGGGUGUGUUUAUGUGUAGCUAUCCCCCAAUCCCCCACCCUGUUCUCUUUGGCCCAAGCUGCUAAAGUGUGUGUGUUCUGUCUGUACAUGUGAGACGGACUUUCUAUUAUUAAAAGUGUUGGAAAUGUUCCCUUCUUCCAUUUAAACCUGAUUGUCUCUGAUCUAAAAUAUUUCUUUUGUAAAAUAGUAAUACCUUCUGUGAACAAAUGUCAGCGGAGCGUUUUCCGUGGAACUGGUGUGUGUUUGUGUGUGUGUGUUUAUAAUGUAAUCGUCAUUGAAAUAAAUUUUCUUAACUUUAAACUGUUGCUAAGUUUCAUGCUGUGAUUCUAAAGGAUUUUUCCUCCCAGCAUAGGCUGCCCGUGGUCCUUAACUAUCUCCUGGUGUUUUACUGUAAGGGUAAGCUUUUCUGCCCUUGCUGAAUUCCAGCGUUGGGAAAUCUACAUGCCCACCAUGUACUGGGUGGUGUGAUAUAAAUUGCUCAGCAUCCAAAGUAAAUGAGAUAACCAAACCAUUGCCAGCCAUUUCCAUUUCUUGGAAAGUGUCGCCCGUUUUCAUCUGGUGACAGCAGCUGCUGGUAGUAAGCAUCCUGGUGACAUAGUCACUGCUUGCGGUCUAAUCUUUGCCAUCACAGUCUAGCUGGCAAGAAACCCCCCAAAAACCUUUCUGCUGUUUUAAUAGCCCUAAAAUGACUCAGUACAACGUAGUUGCAUAUGCUAUGGAGUGUACUCCCCUUGUUAACUAACUUGCCCAGGCAAGAUAGGAUCUUCAAGAGGAAUUUCCAUGCUAUUGUGCCACUUUAGAUUGUUCAUCUUAGCCACAGAGCCUCUCCCCGAAAGCAGUAAGUCACUACAAGCUAUUAAAAUUGCCAUUACAAACUAUGGUAGUCGUUACAGGCCACCACAAUCUUUGCACCAUAAUCUGUAACCACUGCUGCUGAAUGAACAAGCACUCCUCUAUAUAGCUGUGAGUCACAUGCUCUGGAAGCAUGUCCUUUCGUUGUAGAGGCUGUUUUGGUUUUGCUGCCCAGGAAUAGAAAAUCGCCCCUUUUCGAGUCAGAGGUACCCAAGUGAUCUUAGAGCUUCAUUCAGAUGUUCUGCAGAAAGGUUGCAGAAUAGUUCAGAAUAUCUGUACUUGGGCCUGCUCUUAAUUUUUUCUUUUUUCUGACAACAGAUAUCAAGGCUAUUUUGACCAGGGACAGAAUUAUCAAAUAAGCUAAGAAUGAAUAUAUGAAAAAACACUGCUCCGGUACAGAAAUAUUGAUAUGUAAAGAGCAAAGUUUGUAAGGGGGAAAGGUUACAAAUGCAAGUAAAAUCAGAAUAUUUGUCAAAUACAAUAUAACAACACAACUGUAAAAAUAAGUUAUAGAAUUAAGGUCAAGCAAUGAUGGAAGGAAGUCAGAUUUUAACUCACAUUGCGAGUUAUGUCGAACCGAUGGUGGUGGGGUGUGUGUGAGGUGGUGGGGUGCUUUGUGUUACUAACAUGUACAUAUGUGUAAACCUUUCUUUCUGUUAUUUUGUAGAGAUAAAACUUCAAAAUAAUAAUAAUAAUAAUAGUAAUAAUAAUAAUAGUAAUAAUAAUGCAGCAUAGUUAAAGGAAAUGAAAGAUUAUUAAAGAGACAAAAAAGGGGGGGAUAUUUUGGCCAGGGACAGAGUUAUCAAAUAAGCUAAGAAUGCCUAGGGCCCAUAGUUUUCAUAAUGUGGGUGGCAAUGUUGCGAACAUACAGAAUGCUCCAAUUUCACUCCCCCAAUAAGCAAGUGGGCACAACAAACCUUGGUUUAGUGUUAUAUCCAAACCAGGGUUUGUGGUUUGUUUUGUUCCAAACGAACCAUGGUUUGAAGCCAAGGUUUGCUGUUUACUCACCAAUUGUGGCUUAUAAGUUUUGUGCAGAAUUUUAUUUUUGUUUUAAAAUAUAUUAUUUGCAUGCAUCUAUGGAUAAGAUCAAAUAACACCCCCAUUAUUUGUUAUGUCUAAUCCCUGGAUUAGACAUAACAUUAAACCAAGGAUUGUGGUUUGUUGCUCCUGUUUGCUAGCAGGGAGGACUAAAAUAAUCUGAAUGUUCGUGGUAAACUAUUGACCAUGUGACUUACUAUGAAUUGUAAAUGUAGCCCAUGGAUCCAAUGGCUAAUGAGUAAGAAAACAAGUGGAAGUAAUCAUAAUUGUUGCAAAAAAGCAGAAAAAAUAAUUGAGAAUUGAUGGGUUAGGAGAAUACUUUUGUUUCUGUGUGUGAGAGUAGACUAGGCCAUGCAUAGCUACAGAUGUAUCAAAGUUUCUAUAAUUAAUUAACUCCAUCUAAAAGUGGAUUUCUGUGUAUGCCAUCAAGACUCAGUUGUAUAUGCUGCUAAGGGAUAGAGAAAGCUCAGAGGUCAUAAAUGGGGAGGGAUACAGUAUAUGCCAGCAAUUAAUCAAAAGAACAGAAAGAUUAAUUGCAGCAAGACAUGCAGAGAACAUCUCUGGCCAUAUGUCAUUCUAGCUGGCAUAAAGAUGCAGGAAGAACCUGACUUUUACAAAUUCCACGUCCUUUCUGAGUCAGGUUGCAUUCUUUUCUUGCAAUUUCAACCUUCUCACCACUCCUACUUUUCCUCCUCUACCUACCUGUGGCUGUUAUCUCAUUCAUUUUUAACUGGGACCUUGUGAUGGCUACCAGUGUUUUACCAAAAAUGUUCACAGAGUUUUUAAUUUCAUGGGAAAUGCAUGAAAGGGAAUCAUAGACUGUGAGCAAAUUCAACUUACCCUUUCAAUAUGCUGAGUUGUAGACCGACUUCAAUCCAUACUUUAGUGAGUACUCAUAGGAGGAAGAAGAUAUCCAAUUACAUCACCCACACACCCAGAUCAAGUUCAUUAGAGGUCUUCUCACAGACCCAUUCCAGUGUGCGAUCAAAUCAACCUGUAACUUGCUCUCUGAUAAAUUAAUCCAUAACAGGCACUGGAAAAGCCAAACGAUUUACUGAGGCAGGCAUGUUGAUGGAUAGUUGAAAGGGCUGUCUAGAGGUGGGUUUGGGGGAACCUACUUUUAUUGUAUGGUACUAGACCAAAAACAGAGAAUAACACUACAGGAGAAUCCUAGAAGCUCUCUCCUCGAUCUUUAGCCUUAACAACUUUUGUGUCCUAGCAACUCUUGCUUUAAUAGCGAGCCACAGUUCACACUCCUUGAAAUUGUUUAUUCUUUUUGAAUUCAUGGUUAAAGCCUCUCUGUUCUGCUUCUACUGUAAUCUGGUGUAGUCGUUUGUGUGAGUGGAAACAGCUCUUACCAGGACAUCAUUGGAGGUUGGUUGACUAGGGGGCAUGGGGCACUGCCCUCAGCCAGCCCUCUUCACAUGCAUCCCUACAGUCCAGGGAGUGACCCGAGCUGUUAGCUGCCUCUUCUUUAGCGUCAGCUUUGCCCUUGUAGAAUUCAGCAGGAAGGACGAGGAGGAGAAGGGAGCAAAAGUAGAAUUAGUUGACUUUGACCGAGCCUUCUGUUGGCUUCCCAACUUUACAUCCCACCAGUUCCAAUAGGCGCUAGACACCAUCAACGGAACUUCUGUGUGUGACAGUUUCUAGCCUGUCAUUCAGUUGGGGAGUUACAGGUAGGUAGCCGUGUUGGUCUGAUGCAGUCAAAACAAAAUAAAAAAAUCAUUCCAGUAGCACCUUAGAGACCAACAAAGUUUGUCAUAGGUAUGAGCUUUCAUGUGCAUGCACACUUCUUCAGAUACACUGAAACAGAAGUCACCAGACCCUUAUGUAUAGUCAGAGAGUGGGGAGGGGUAUUACUCAGAAGGGUGGUGGGAAUGGGUGAUUGGCUGAUAGGAGUGGUAAACCUGUUGACGACUGUUAACAACUGUUAACAUCUGCAAUUGGUCUUGCAGGAAAAAGCAAGGGGUGAGAUGGCUAAAGAAAGCGUUAUCAUGUAUAAUGAGAUAAGAAUCCGAUGUCUUUAUUCAGACCAGGUCUCUCCAUGGUUUUAAGCUUGGUAAUGAGUUGCAAUUCAAGCUUAAAACCAUGGAGAGACCUGGUGUCAAAAAUUGAACUUGGUGCUUGUCCAUGGAUUCACACAAUUGGCUGAUCAAUGGCCAGGAUGCAGUGCAGAGGGUUCUCAAAUGUCUUUCCUGUGGCUACUAAACAUCCAGUGGGUCAUGUUCUACUUCUCUGAUCUGGGUCACCCAAAAGCUGCCUUGUCUAGGGUUACCCAGUGGGCAACAUUCACUUUCUCUAAGAAUGUGGACGGUCAAAAUGGUUGCCUCAUUAAACAUGAUCCAGUUGUUGCUAGAGCUGAAACCAGCCAACAAAAAAUAUUUCACUUUAAUCAGCACAUAGUAACAGGUUUUGCAUCCAGUUUCAGUAAUAAGAAAAAAUAGUGAUGAUUGUUUUAUUGAAGAAUGGAAGCCGCUUUUUUGGAUUAUUUAAAGAAAUAUUAUAGUAUGAAGAACCCAUGAGCAGGAUUUGAACUAUGAGCAAAAGAAAGAAUUAGACAUUAUUGUAUUGUGAUUAUAUAAGAGACAGAAGAUAGCGUGCAGCAAGGGACCGAAAUAAAAAAAGGGAAGUUGAUAAAACAAAACAAAAAAAAUAUUAUGUAUUAGAAUUAUAUGUGAAAUUUGUAGAAAUUUAAUAAAACAUAUUUAUGCUUUCUGAUGAAAUGGAAUCUGACCCACAGAAGUUUGGGCGACAAUAAAUUUAAUAGUUGUUGAGGUGUAAGAAAACUCUUUGUUGUUUUAGCGCACUCAUACUGUAUAUAAUGUAAAGUGAUCUCACCACAUUGGAAAUGGUUUUCUUGUCCUUUGACAUGCUUAGGAAAUAUAUAGAUAUAUCUAAUCACAAGUGCUUUACAAAAAAGCUAGGUAUAUGACAGUUGGAACAGUUUAAGUAAUUAAAUAAUCGUGAUAAAAUAGUGAUAAACACUACAUAAUUUAUAUCUUAGAGUUUUAUCCACUUCUUCAGAGAAUGGGUUGUAAUAUUAACAAAUUGCCCCCUCAAUUCCCUAUUCCUUAAUUGGGAUGGUUAAUACUAUUACAGCAAUAAUCUUUCCCAUGCAGGUACAAUUACCCUUUUCAAAGCCUUCCCAUUGAUCUGUUUCAGGGUUUUGAUAAAUUUCUAAGUGCUGCAAUUACUUCAUUUUAAUGCUAAAAUUAAUCUUAAGAUGUUACAAUUGCCUAUCAGAGCAGGAAGACCUGACUUUUUCUAUAUAUUUUUUUAAAAAUAAUAAUAAUAUUGUUUGGCAGCUGGAGCACUAUUCCUUAUGCCACAGUUUUGCCUCGUUAAAAUUUUGCACACGCUGAAUAAGCUGACAAGAUCCUCAUUUUAUUUUCAUGAAGGUCUUUGCUCCCUGAGGGACAAUACACUUAGAAUCCUACUCCAGUACACUUCACUACCUAGGAAACAAUUAUGGGGAGACACAUGGUGUUAUCUAAAUGAGAGGCAGAAUGAGAAUGGAUUUGUAAUCCUCCUCUGAGGUUUUAGAGAUGGACCCCAAAAGAACUGGUGACAUUUGCUCCCAUUAUUUCUCAGGCAAUUUUUAUUUGGAAUAAACGUCUGUUCCCACUAGACAUGUGUAUGUGUGUGUGU